AUGCCGCUGGAUCACCAGGAAGAGAUAACACACCCUUCACCGGAACUGCUCGAGGCCCUCUCUCCGUCACUAGCCGGCUCCGAGAACAUUGCCCACUUCAGCCCUCAACCCUCCCUCUUAGACGGCACUCUGGGCCUACACCUCAAAACAAACUCCGAAUACGUCGGCAACACAUCCUACCGUGAACCCUCCCUCCUAGACCUCCACCGGCCCUCAGACCCUUCCGUCCGCUCCGUCCGCCGGCUCGACGACUCAACAGUCUUCCUCAUCCACCGUGACCGCGAGACGUCCUCGGAGCCCCAACGAAUAGCCGACCUCGACGCCAUCGAGAAGCUCGUCCACCCCCUCGGCUCGACCCUCGUCAACCUCUACUUCCGCAUCGUCCACCCCAGCUUCCCCGUCCUCCACAAAAAGGUCUUUCUCGAAAAGUACGCACGCUCCUACCACGAGUUCUCCCCGCCCCUCCUCGCCGCCGUCUACCUCAUCGCCCUCGACUGGUCCCUCUACGACCGCACCCUCGCCACCUCCUCAUGGCAGCCCGACCAGGCCGCCCUCGAGGCCCUCGCCCUCCGCACAAUGAGCGACGACAUGAAGCGCCCAAAGAUCUCGACCCUCCAGGCCGGCCUCCUCAUCCAGCAGCGCUUCCGCAACAACACCUGGACCUUCACCGCCCAGCUCAUCGCCCUCGCCCAGGGCCUCGGCCUCCACGUCGACUGCAGCGACUGGGCCAUCCCCGAGUGGGAGAAGGGGCUGCGGCGCAGGCUGGCGUGGGCUCUGUUCAUGCAGGACAAAUGGGGUGCCCUCGUCCACGGUCGCCCCUCUCACAUCCGUCUAGACGAGGACUGGGACGUGCGCCCGUGUCGCGUGGAAGACUUUCCCGAGACUGCCGCGGACGAAGAGUACGACCCCGAGGGCAGCGCCGAGGUCGUCGUCGGACGGGAGCUCUUCCUCCGUCAGAUCGAGCUGUCCCUCAUCCUGAGCGACGUGCUGGCCACCUUCUACACGGCCAAAGCCACCCGCCGCGGGGGCACCCUCGACCAGAUCGGCACCGUUGGCGUCGCAGAGCUAGCAAAGCCGAUAGUAAUGAUGCUGCGGGAAUGGUACGCCAAACUCCCGGAAGCCCUCCAACUCCAAGAAACCCGUCUCAAAAAGCUCUCCGCAAACGGCUCCCUCCACCUCUCCUACAUCUCAAUAGACCUCGCCCUCCACCGCUCACUCGUCCGCAACAUCUCCUCCAACGCGCCCCCGGAGCUGCGCGCCGCCAUCCGCACCGGCGCCCGCGCCCGCCUCGCCGCCGCCUCCAACAUCAUCUCCAACCUGCAGAUGGAGCACAUCCAGUCCUUCUGGGGCUUCGCCGCCUCCGCCCAGCUCGCCGGCAUCGGCUCCUUCGCCGGCCUGCUCUGGGCCACCUCCGACGACGACCACGAGGCCAUGUACUACGCCGACCGCGUCGAGGAGUACCUCUGGAGCCUGCGCGUGCGCGCCCAGGCCGCGCCCUUUGCGAGGGAGGCGCUGCGCAUGCUCGAGGCCGACGUCGGCGGCCUCGGCGCCGUGAGGGCCGCCGCGACGACGGGAUUACAUGGGGAGAUGAAGAUGUGA